CAUUCACUCACCAAACUUGGAUGCUGAGACCACUAAAAUCCCAACUACCACACUCCUAUUCUCAUAUCAUCAGCUUUUAUGAUCACAGCAGUUUCUCCUCAAUUCGUCUAAACAAGUGUUCAGUCAAAGAGAGCCGUGUCAGAAUUUGCCUUUUAUAAUUCUGUGUUUCCUCUCUUAUCUUGUUGAGUAAAGCCGGUGUAAUUUCAAUGGCACAAGUGGCUGUAAAUCCAGAUGAAGAGGUCGUUCUAGGUGAGGAAGUCGGCCAUGUAAGAGUGAUCACCUUGAACCAGCCUCGACGAUUGAAUGUUAUUUCAUUUGAAGUGGUUGAGUUGCUGGCGAGGCUAUUGGAAAAGUGGGAGAAAGACGACGACGCAGAACUGAUACUAAUCAAGGGAUCUGGCCGGGCUUUCUCAGCUGGCGGGGAUCUUAAAAUGUUUUAUGAUGGAAGAAUGUCGAAGGAUCCGAGCCUUGAAGUGGUGUACCGAAUGUAUUGGCUAUGUUACCACAUCCAUACAUAUAAGAAAACACAGGUUGCUCUAGUUCAUGGGAUUUCCAUGGGUGGAGGUGCAUCCUUGAUGGUCCCAAUGAAGUUCUCCGUCGUCACAGAAAAAACCGUUUUUGCAACUCCGGAGGCUAGCAUUGGCUUUCAUACUGAUUGUGGUUUUUCGUACAUCCUCUCACACCUCCCCGGGCAUCUAGGGGAGUUUUUGGGCUUGACCGGGGCUCGGCUGAACGGCGCAGAAUUGGUUUCAGCAGGGCUUGCUACUCAUUUAGUCCCCUCCGAGAAACUCCCGGAGCUACAGAGUCGUUUGAUGAGUCUAAACAGUGGUGACGAGCAUGCUGUCAAAUCUGCAAUCGAGGAGUUCUCCACGAGUGUUGAGAUUGACGAACAAAGUAUCCUGAACAAGAAAGCAAUCAUCGACGAGUGCUUUGCCAAGGAUUCUGUGGAGGAGAUCUUAAUAUCAUUUGAAGCUGAGGCGAGCAAAGAAGGGAAUGGCUGGAUUGCGCCGUUCCUUAAAGGCCUCAAGAGAUCAUCACCAACCGCAUUAAAGAUAACACUACAGUCGAUUCGCGAAGGGAGGAAGCAAACACUGGCCGAGAGCAUGAAGAAAGAGUUCAGGGUCACGAUGAACAUUCUUCGAACUGUGAUAUCCGGUGAUGUUUACGAGGGUAUUAGAGCUGUUACCAUUGACAAGGACAAUGCACCCAAGUGGGACCCACCGACCCUUGAUGCCGUUGAGGCAGAGAAGAUCGAGCAGGUGUUCCAGCCGUUCGAAGAGGAUUUGGAGCUCAAUAUUCCAACAGGAGAUGAGUUCAGGUGGCAAGGAAAAUACGAAGAUUCGCCAUAUGCAGCGUAAAGGAGAGAUUCGCGUCUGUUUUCUUGUUUUGUUUUGUUUUGUUUUGUUUUGUUUGUAUAUCAGUAUUAUCUUGUCUAUCGUACCGAAUGCCACCAUAGACUAAUAAUAGCCGGCCCAAAUGGGUAGCCCGAUUCCUUAUUUGGGCCGGCCCAUUGGGUUUGAGCUGAAUUGAGAUCCCUUGUUGUCUGAUCAUAAUUAGAUAUUCUUGGAAAUUUGUCAUUUUA